AUGGCAUCCUUUUCAACGUACAACACUUCCUUCAACACUGACUUCUGUUUGCAAUUGGCAUACAAAGUUCUUCAGAAACAAACAGAAAAGGGUUCCAAUUUCGUGGUUUCUCCAUUAUCUCUUCAUCUCAUAUUGAGCCUUGUGGCUGCUGGAUCUAAAGGAAAAACCUUGGACCAGCUUCUUUCGUUUCUGGGAUCAAAGAGUAAAGAUGAACUCAACUCAUUAUCUUCACAAUUUCUUUCUCGUUUACGGCGUGCCGAGGACACCAAAAGUGUAGGUCCAAACCUAUCUCUUGUUAAUGGCGCUUGGGUGGAAAAAACUUUUGGUCUGAAGACUAGUUUUGAAGACAUAGUCAAAAAUGUGUACAAAAGCCAAAUUGAAGCGGUUGACUUCACCAACAAGGCUGAGGAAGUUGCACAAGAAGCAAACUGGUGGGUCGAAAACGCAACUAAUGGAGUCAUAAUGCAUAUUCUUCCAUCAGGUUCCUUAAGUCCGAAGACAACAUUAGUUCUUGCCAAUGCUCUAUAUUUCAAAGGAGCAUGGGAUAAAAAGUUUGAUUCGACUAUGACUGAAACUAGAAGUUUCAAUCUUCUUAAUGGAGAGAACGUAAAAGUUCCAUUCAUGACCUCUAAGAAGUGGGGAUCAUAUUAUUACAGAUCUUUUGAGAAUCAUUUCAAUUCCUUUGAGAAUUAUACAAUACUCUCCAUCCCUUACCAAUGUGGCAGCAACCCUUUCAAGUUCGCCAUGUAUUUCUUUCUUCCACAUGGGAAGCACGGCUUACCAAAUCUAAUUCACACUUUAAACUCAAAUCCCAGAUUUCUAAAUCAAAAUUUUGAGCUAAGGAGAGAGCAAAUUGCUGAACUUUGGAUCCCGAAAUUUAAGUUUCCUACAAUCUGGAAGCCGAAGAGGCCAUGA